AUGAGCCGGGGCCCGGCAGGGUGGAAGCUGCCGGAAGUCCUGCACGGAGAGUGGCCCGACAGCACCAGCGCACCAUUGGAGAUAGUGCUGCUAGACAAGGUGUCCACAGGCUUCCCCAGUGUGGUGCAACUGCUGGAGUGGUUUGAGCUCCCCAUGCACAUCGUGAUGGUGCUGGAGCGCCCAGAACGGUGUGAGGACCUGCAGCGUUCCAUUCGGGCACGGAGGUUCCUGUCCGAGGAAGAGGCGCGGGAGCUUUUCCGGCAGGUGCUGGAGGCCGUGCGGCACUGCACCAGCUGCGGGGUCCUGCACAGAGAUAUCAAACCAGAGAACAUCCUGGUUGACCUGGACACCGGGCAGGCAAAGUUGAUCGACUUCGGCUGUGGCACCUACCUGCAGGACACAGCCUACACUCAAUUUGCAGAUGAGCCCAUCUAGAGGUAGGCUCCUGGUCCCAUCAUCUCCUGGCCCAACAUCUCAUGGCCCAACCAGGGUGUGGCAGCAGGGAUUCUC